AUGAAGUAUCAUCAAGGGCCUAAAAUACGCUCAAAAUUUUAUAGAACGAGCGCCAAUGUUAUCCUUGAUUAUUCUUCAAAAUCUUAUGUUAGCCUAAUUUCUUUGGGAACUCCAGGCCAAGAAAUAAUUGUAGCUUUGGAUACGUUGACUUCAGCUCUUUGGGUCCCAGAUCUUUCUUGUUCAAAAAGCGGUAAGCCCAUCAGAUUUUGGCUGAAAAAAUUAUUAAUUUAUGCUUUCAGAUGGCUCAUGUAAACACAAAAAUGUUUUCGAUCAAACAAAAUCAAAGACCUUUCAAGAAGGUAAGCUUGGGAAAAACGUGCUGCAAGUGUGGCGGUCAGGCUGCAGUGAAACUUGACCUUUAUUGUAUCUUUCGAACUUGGCCAUUACACAUGCAAUAUUUUUGGGUUGCUUUUUAAAAAGAUUGCCGCAUUUCUAGGGUCUAUGCAGUUGGAAAUUAAGCUUGUUGAUUUUGAGGGCAAAACGAUCCAAGUAACUUACAGCCAUCAUUUCCAGGCUCCGGUGAAUCCAUUCCAAUUCCAUUUUUGGACAGUGAGAUUGCGGCAACGUUUGUCUACGACGUCUUCCGAUUAGGCCAGGUCAAUCAAAAUGACGUCACACAAAAUUACUUACAAUUUGGACUGGUCAGAGAGUUCAAUGAAGCCUAUCAAAGCUUCGGUUAUGAUGGAGUAUUUGGUCUUGGGAUUGGCGGCGAUAGAUCCAUUUCCCCAAUAAUGCAAUUGUUCGACAAUGGAGUCAUAAAAGCGCCAAUCGUGUCGGUUUAUCAGAGUAACACUGGUCCUGACAAUGAGGAAUAUCCGAACGGCGUGUUGACGCUUGGACAAUACGAUUUAAAGAGAUGCAGAGCUGUGAGAAAAUAUAUAGAUGUGGACGAAAAGAACGGGUGGGUGUUUCCAGUUGCGUCGUUCAAUGUGAUAAGUCAUUUUGGAAGUGGGAAUAACCAAUGGAAGGUAAAGAAUGCUUACAGGGAAAGUGUUUAGUCGAGCAUGAUUUUUUCUUUUUGGAAAAUUGCCCGAGUUAUUUACUGUUUAGAAUAGGAUGACAUAUAAAACAAUAUCCUUUUUUAUGCUGGCAAGAUCUUCAUCAAACCAAAAUCUUCCUUUGAAAAAUUAACUUUCAGGGUGUGUUCGAUCUCUCAUCCGACUAUAUCCACAUACCGUCUACAGCCAUCAAUAUCCUUUUAAAAAAAUUGGAGGCAUCUCAGGAUAAAGAUGGCAAAUUUUUUGUUGAUUGCCAAAAAAGUGUUCCUCUUAUUUUCAAUCUCCAUGGACACAUCCUCACUAUUAACAGCAGUGAAAUCUACGAACAACGAAGUAAUUCGAAAUGCUUGAUCAAGAUGAGACAGACGAGAAAAACAGAUCAGUACGACUUCCGAUUUGGCCAGCCAUUAUUAGCAAAAUACUGCGUGGUCUUUGACUAUAAUCGCAGAAUUGCAUUUCCCAUUAAAAAAGUUUAAGGGAUACUUACUUUUUGUGUGAAUAAAAAUAUUAUAACAAUUUUGAUUUUUUUUUUAUUUUUAGAAAAGAUUUUUUCAAAAAAUCUCAAAUUUUUGUAAUGGGUAAUAUAAAGUUCAUGGUAAAGCGUGUCUGAAACCCUCUAACUGUUGUUUUUAAUACUUAAAAAACCAAGUAAUGACCUUGAAUUAGAAUAUAGUAACUCCAAUUACUGCAACAAUCACGUCAUUGCAACAUUAUGCCAAGACGUUCAACAAUGGCGGGCAACAUCCAUAUUUGAAUUUCAAAUCCUUCAAAAAAUUGACGAUUGCUAUCCAAAACUCUAUAAAUGUCAACCAUAACACUUUUACGACCAUAAAAAUUCGUUUACUACACCUAUUUUGUUACCCAAUCUUCCCUCCAAAUCUUUCGUAUAAAAUGUCACCCUCAAUUUCUGCGAACCCAAGCUUUUGUAACAAGGAGGAGAAUAAUGCGGCAGGCGGAGGGCAGAAGAAAUAUUCGUUUCGACGGCGUUUUUUCGAGGAUUUCAAGGUCAGAGAAUACCAAUUACAAGAUAUUGCCCAUAAACUUACUUGUUUUGCAAAAAUUUUAAUUGUUUUUUCUCUGAUCCGAGAACGCUGAUAACCUCCAUUGUUUUUGGAAGCCAACAGAGGAAUGUCAUGGAGAUUAAUGGCGAGGGGAUUUGAGGGUUUAGUAAAUUUAGAUUUCAAAUUUGGCUUUUACCUUUGGAAAUAUUUACAGACCCUUCUUUCGGUGGGUUAAAUUGCGGUUUUUGGCGUUGAACUUACAUUUCUUUUUAAAAAUGAUGAUUUUUCGAUUUUUUUCAUUAUGAAACCAAUUUUCCAACAACAACAAACCAAUUACUUUUGGAGUUUAAGCCUCUGAAGACGUGUUCUAUUGACUGUCAACAGAAUCUUGUCGUUUUUUCUCAUAAAAGUACCUUUUUUUUAUUAAAUUAUCCAUGGCGUUAGCCCUCAAUAAGAUUUUUUUUUUCAUUUCCCGGAUUUGCCAACUUCCCUUUGUUGACUAUAUAUUUUAUGUCUUGUCACGCAUUAUAAACUACGUUUUAUCUCAAUCCGGGGCCAUAUUAAGAGCACAAACGUGUUCUACACCCCUUUUAUGGCCUAAACAAAAACCCUUAUUUUGCUUUUCUUUACCUUACAAUUUACCACUUCCCUUUCUAAUAAAAAUACCCGUCAUCCAUUCGCAAACAUCACGGCAAACAAAAGGAACAUCAAAUUUUAAUAAAAGAAUGCCCUGAGGGCGAAAAGAGUUUUAUCGUUUCGAAGGUGUUCCGGGGCGGACAAAUUUUAUUUUUCGGGAUUUGGGGACCCGCUGAUUGAAGCGGAGAAGCGAGGAAUUCCUCUCGGGCCCUCUUGGCCACAGGUAAAGAGACCGGGGACCUUUGCAGAUUUCUCUUCGAAAGACAUUUCCCUUUCGUCCCCGACCAGGAUGUAUAAUAUAACUUUCUUUAGCGAUCUUGUAAUUGGGACCGGGGUUAAGCGUGAAGAACUUUUGCAGGAACGCUAAAAAUAGGGCAUGCUAGGCUUUGAAAGCGAAAUUUUUGGUUUUUGGAAAAAAAAAGUUUUUGAAAUUUUUACCUUGGUCCCCCCUGUUCUUUCAUUUUUGUGAUGUGUAAUAUAAAUUGAUCUCAUUUUCUUAGCUUUGAAAUAGAUAUAAAGAGGUCAAUCACUCUGCGGACAAGAAGUCUAACGAAAGUAAGAUAUUGGGGACUAAUAAACAUCCCAAUGUCCUAUUAAAAAAUUUUCAAUAUUACACUUGGCCGUCUUUUACCUCGUUUUCAACUCUAAUUUUCUCCCUCCCCUAUGAAGACACUCUCUCUAUUCUCUAGCCCAAGAAUCAGGUCUCCUCGGGUGAUUAAACAUGUAAUGGAGACGGGAACCCCGGGGAUUAGCGCGUCCACACCCAAGAUUAGCGCAAGGUUGAUCUUGAAGUUAUAGGGUUCAGUUCGACCUCCGACUCUCUUUAGUCUCGGGUUCAUGUUGCUUCUUAUUUUUGACGACUUACAAAUGCUUUGUACUAUCAAAAUUGUCAACUUCCGGAUGCAUCCAGGGAUACUGCGGUCACUUUUUUUCAAAAUGGUUUUUAGCCUACUGUAAUUGUAAAUGGAUUUUUGAUGUUUUACUAAGAAUGGAAUGCUAAAAUAAGGACACAAAGAACUAUAGAAUCUUUUAUACCGCAGAGUCAACAAUUUUUACCAUUCUGUUUUGUCUUUUUCCUACCCGAAAAAACUUGAUGUAGCCCAAAAAACUCAAAAAAUCCUAUAGUAUUUAUUCCUUCAAAAGUUGGUUUUUCUCGUAAAUUUGACUUCUCGAACUCCCAACCAUCAAAUAACACCUACUUUUGGCCUAUUUUUAGCAGAUUUUAUAUUCACCAUGAUGGCACCAGAAAAAGUUCUGAUGGGUAAUAUCGGCGGUCCCUCCACUUGCUCCGAACUCGGAUCUCAUGGAUAAUAUCGCAGAGACUCCUCGCUUUCUUUCUCUCCCCAUCUUCCUCUUCUCGUUUCCAUGGGAUUUCUCUCGCCAUUUUUUUUAUUUUUUCUGAUUUUUUUAUUCCGAAGAUUUUUUUGAGUGAAUUAUGAUAGAAAGGUGUUGAUUUUCUGGUGAUCCGAGUGACGCCGAGGAUCCCCAAGGAUCUCAGAAGGGAUUCAAAGCCGUUCCGAGUGAUUUAGCUUUGAUUCGAGCAGUUUUUCUUCUGUUUUCUAUCAACAAUUGAAUGGAGAAUAUAAUUUUAGGUAUUUUUUAUAGCAUUUUCGAGGAGAUUUGCGAUUUGGAGGGUUGAAGCAAUAUUUUACCGUUGUUUUGACAUUCUUACGACCUGUUCUCCGAGGAAAAACAAUUUCAUUACUUUUCGUAAAAAUUUAUAUUAUCCAUGAGGUUUUGAUCAAAAAGGCUAGAAUUUUAAUAUAAAUAAUAUUCAUUCUGCGAAUUUGAAAUGAUUAUCAGGACACCCGAACUCCUAAUCAAUCACUUCUAUCUAUUUUUGCAGUUUGCCCUCUCAUUUUCUAAUAUUAUACAUGAUCCUUUAGGUAAACAGAAAACCAAUAUGAUCAACUGGAUGUUAAUUAAGAUUUUGGGAAGUCGUUCAUAGCCAAGCAUGCUCUCUAAUCCCCAUUUUGUAGGACAAAGCGUAACCUUAUUGUUUCUACUUAUCAUAUUUUAGUUUUCACAUCGAGAUCAAGGUAAUUCAGCUGAUUUAUGACUGAUUUCCAGCUGAAUCAUGUGAUGGCCGAUUUGAAGCAGGCUAUAAUUAGUGGUGGCUAAUUUAUUUCCACGAUUUUUGGGGGAAAACUCACUGUUCCGACACCAAGCGCAUAGUGUAACAUAAUUUUUCUUGUUUUUCCGCGAGCGCUUUGUAUAUUUUGGAUACAAAGUGUUUGUAAAUCUUUAUGAAGAGAUUCUGAUCUGCUCUUUCGGAAGGUUUCACUAUUUUUGGUUGUUUUUAUGAUGGAUAAUAUUAUUCGCGAUUUGACUCUAGAUCGAAAUAAUUUUUGAUAUAUUUCAGAUAGCUAGAACGACUCGAAAACUGCAGGAAUCAGUCGAUCCGACCAAACUCUCGACGGGAUUGGCCAUGGCCCACUUGUCCGCGACUCCGCGUCGCUUCGGCCCUCAACAACUGAACACUAGGUGGGUUGUUUUUUGAGAUUUUGUGUUUCUCGAUGUAGGCAAGAAGAGUGCGAAUCAGAGGUGACGUUCAUGACUUCCAAGUUUGAUGUUGUUGUUAUUUAUGAUGUCUUUUUUCGGGGCCAGCCCAAGCCCCCUGAGGACUUGCGCCCCGAAAAGCCACAUAAAUUUGAAGAAGCCGCGGCGGCGCUGAUAACGUCACACAACCUCCCCGGAACGUCUUUUAAUUAUAAAUUGGCGGGGAUGUCAAGAACUACGAGCAACGAGGCUAAAUGCCAUCAACUAUGUCAUGGAUAAUAUAAUGAAAAGCAAAUUGAGGGGAUUAGGAUCGGUCUAGUGAACAGGGCUUGAUCCGCCCGUCAAGGAAACGGAAUGUCAAGGACCGCCAAAUGGAUAGGAUGUGUCUCCGGGGACCUUCGGGCCAAGAAUGGAAGAGUUUUUUCGACCCACAAAAAGAGUUAUUUCUUUACAUUUCCGGGGGCAAAACGCCCGUUGAUCGUCUUAUCAGAACGGAAAUAUGACUGGGCACUUCAUGGAGACGAGUUUUUAUCAUAAAUUCGCCAUUUUUAGCGACUUCUAGAAAAAAUUUUUUUUUGGAAUUUUCGAUUUUUUAUUUUCUUCCAAAAAAUCCUUUGGCGCCAAAGAACAGCUUCGAAUUUGGCUACGAAAUGGUCAUUUGUGAGGGCGUGAAGGGGUUUGCGGGGGGAAGAGCAUCGGUUUGAACUGGGAAAGUUCGCAAAAAUCCGCUUAUAACUGCACGAUUUUCGCUCCCACGAAUUUUACGCAUAAGAAAGUCAAAAACCAAAUCCCCAAACACAUUGUCAACUCGAAACGUUGGGAUUUAUGCUACGAACACAUAAAAAGUUUGUUUUUCGAUGAGUUUUCAAGUUAUCAAACGCGAGGGAGUCAAAAUUUGUUGACUUUCCAGGAAUUGCUUUGUUUUUCGAGGAAAAAUCUCGAAAAAAGCAAUUUUCCCUAAGGAGAAAUCUCCGCUGCAAUAAAUGAUAAUCGAGUUACGGACAUUUCGGGACUUAUGAAACACAUAUUUCCCAUUAAUUUGGACCAUCUUGUGCUAUCGGCCGCCAAUUUCCGUUUUUCGGCGGAAACCCCCGUCUUAAUCAAAUCUCGCUCUUUUAUUGAACCCCGCGGGCCUUGGAGUUCAAUAAAGGAACGAACAACAAGCUUGCCGCAGCGCCCAGCGCACUCUAUUUGAUGUGUUACGCAUCGGUAUUGCACAUGGUAUCUAAAGUAAUAAUCCCAGAUUUGAAGAUGAAUAAGAAGGUUUAGGGGGUGGAUGGUCCGGAAAAGUCAGCUUUUGUGUGUUAUUUGACAGAUGGAGUGGGUGUGUAAUGUUAGAUCUAUUUAUGAGAUAUGCAGUGGCGGACCUGAUCCAGUGGCAAACACGUACCAUUUUGCAUCCGGGAAGCAUCAAAAAUGUGGCAAAAUGCUUCCCUCUCCUAGUGAAAAAUUCCGAUUUCAAAAGCGCACCCGAUCUUUUUGUGAGGGAAAGGGCGCCAUUCAAAAAGAAGUUUUUUCACUUGGAGAGGGAAGCAUUUUGCCACAUUUUUGAUGUUUCCCGGAUGAAAAUGGUACGUUUUUUGCCACUGGAUCAGGUCCCCCACUGUAUCUUAUGAGUAGGCCUAACAUUACCCACCCACUCCAUCCACCAAAUAACACACAAAGGCUGACUUUUCCGGACCAUCCACCCCCUAAACCUUCUUAUUCAUCCUCAAAUCUCGGAUUAUUACUUUAGAUACCAUGUGCAAUACCGAUGCGUCACUGUACUAGUAAUUGGUAGUUGCAAACAACUUGUAAUUUAUGACGUUUUUGCGUAAAUCUUGCCGAAUUACUUGUGAAGUAGAGAUAAUUGCCCAUUCAACGUCUUGCCCUUGCAAUACGGUGCCAAAUUACCUUCAUUUGCAUCUACUUUCAUCGAGUUUUGCGGGGUUCUUUUAUGUGUUCUUGCUUAAAUAAGGUCCCAAGGCUACAGUGUCGGCAAUUUAUCGUCAAUUUGACGAUAAAUACUUUAUAAGAAGCAAUUUUAAUGUAUGAAAUGGCUAUAGCCACAUUUUUCAGCCAGUCAAUCAUGGGUGCGGCCGUCCCGAACGAAGUCGCCUACAUCGCGAUCAAGUACAAUUUUAACUGGACCGAGAACUCGUUCCAACAGGACAUCACGUCGUUGGCACGCCUGAUCCGACAGGAAAUCAAUCGGGAAAUGCGGAUGAAGGAAGGAUGUGUCAAUAUGGUGGUAUGUCAACGGGGGAUUUUGAGUUUUUUUUUUAAAUAUUGUAGUAGACGUUUUAUAUAAAAAUUGUAUUUUUUUAUGAAAAUUGAUGUUUAGUUGGAGGAAACUUAUUAAAAGAAGUGAAUUUGAGAUAUUUUGAAGUAGAUUUUAAAACUUUCCGGCUAAUUUUUAAAUUUUUACAUCAAAUUUUACAUUUUUUCUUUAGAAAGCCGUCAUUGAUCGCCGGACCACCGAUUACAUCAAAGACGACAUUGAACGCAUCACCGGCAAGAUCGAUGACAUGCUUCAGGAUCUCAGCGCCCUCUCUGUAUAUACUUGUGGUAAGUUUGAACUCAAUUUUUGUAUCAAUUUACAUAAAAUAAGGUCAAGUAUAAUAUAAUUUUAAUUUUUAGUAGAAGAAGACCAAAAACCGGAAGGCCAGGACACGAAUGAUGAGAAUUCGGAAGGCACCAAGAAGGAUGAUGGCGCUCCGAACUUGUCUGCACUUUAUUCGAGGCUAAACGCCCUGAAGAAAGAGCUGGACAAAGAAUUGAAGGUGAAAGAAGGUCUGGAUCGGAUGAUGGCCGCACAUGCAUCGAGUAAAAACACUAUUAAUAGCAUUCAAACCAGGUCGAGUGACCUAAUUGAUGAUAAUCGGGCCAAAAUUGCUUCAUUGAGAAUGCAAAUUGACCGAAUCGACAUGAUGCUCAAGUCCAGAAAGAACAGUGAUUCGGGUAAGAAGGUCUUUGAAGAACUUUUUAUCGGAGUAAGGUUUGGUUUGUUGGACUACCAGCACCAUCUAGAGUAAAAAUUUUUAUUAAAAUUUAGUCUAGUUUUGAUUAUUAUUAUUUUUUGUAUUAUACUUGGCAAAAAUGCUGAUUUUUUUCCAAUUUCAGAAGACACAACCAUAAACUCGAUUGAUUUCCUGAUCCAAGACCUCCUCUACCGUCUUUACAGAGAGAUUGCCCUCGCCGACGGAGCCAAAAACAUGCUGCGAACACUAAGCGAAAUGAAGAAACAAGACCCCAGAACCAAAAAAGACGCCACGGAUACUCGAGAUCAAGCUCACGAAAAAAUAAAUCUCAUCAAAUUGGCUUUAGACAAAUAUACGUGAGUAUUUUUAGUGUUUUGGAGAAGUUUAGGCACCUCGGUCAAGGAUAAUAUAAUGUUGGAAGCCAAUUUUAGUAACCGUCUCCCUCAAGACUCUCCAAAACGAAAUUCGGUCUGUCGAGAUAUCGAUGACAUCCAAAGACCAACUAGUUUCCCUCCCCUCAGUGUCUCCGAACGAUUCUCACCCCCAUCUUCAAGCAGUCAUCUCAGAACCAUGAGCGAUGUAAGUUAAUAUAAUUUUUUUUGUGAUCCGGAGUUUAGGAUUCGUCUCCAGUGUCCCAGAAGAGCCUCCACAGCACACCAAGCCAAUCGAACGUGAAUUUUGAGAGAAGAUGCCCAGUCGCACCACCUCUUUUGGCCGUCAGUGGAAAGUUGGAAAUCAAGUAAGUCAAGAAGAAGAUUUGAUGGGUUUGGACGGAAAACUAAAGAUUUUUGGGAGGAAAGUGGUGUUGGAAGACAGUUUAUGGAGUUAUUUUUCAGACUAAUGGGAUGCAAAGACCUCAUGACUGAUGGCAUGCUCAGACCAUCCAAUGUUUUCUCAAACGGCCAUGGUGAAGGUAGCAGAUCUGCGAGAAAAAUGUCAAGGCAACAAAGGUGAGACAUUUUUUGAGUUUUUUUUUUGGUUGUGCAGGCGGAUUAGGAACGUAUUUAGUCUUAAAGCUCUAAAAAAUAACUUUUGGAUGUGGUUUUUGGAUAAAAUUGUUUUUCACUUGGAGAGGAGGUAUUUUGCCACAUUUUUUGAUGCUUCCUGGAUCCAAAGUGGUAGAUUUUUUGCCACUGGAUCAGGUCCACCACUGUAGCAUUCGAAAAAAUUCAAAUUUUCUGAAAAUUCGUUGUCCAAAAGUUGCAUCAAGGAGCUGAAACUUGUACACUAGUCUUUUACCGAUGUCUUGCCGUCUUCUGACCUCUUCUUCUUUCCCAUCCCGUCCAGUCCGCCUGUUUGCACUAACUGCCUUACCGUUCUUACCGCUAGCCAUCAAAACAAACUCGGCCAAGACGAGGUGUUCGCCACUCUGCGCCUCGACAACCGCGUCGUCGCCACCACGGAAGCCCGACCGGUCCGCGAGAACUGCUGGAAUCAGACGUUUGACCUGGAAUUGGAUCGGACCAAGGAACUGGAAAUCGAAGUUUACUACAGGGAAAGCCGGAGCAUGUGCGCGUUCCUGGUCCUCAGACUCGGGGAAUACAUCGAGCCGGGUCUACACAAGAAAACCUUUGAGCUAGAGCCACGAGGACAGCUGAUUUGUGAGGUAAGUUAUAUUGUAGUAAGUGGCUGAAGGAAUUUUGCGAAAUUUUACUGAAUUUUGGGAUUUUCAUGUCCCGGAUAUACGUUUAUUUUAGUAUUUAAUGUAUCCCCUGACAUUAUACAUCAAAUUCUGGGUAUAGGCUUUGUAUUUGCAUCAGUAGAACCAAGAAAAACACGUCCCGAAACUGCGGGUAUUUAGGGGUUAAAAGUGGAAUUUCGAGUAAAUUACAGCCUUACAUGAGUGUUUAUGGUUGUUGAUUGUGGCAAAGAAAUGUUAAUUGCGGUGUACUUUGGGAGUUUGAAAGGAAAAAAUGGCGUUUAUUUACUGCCUUCAUUUACGAAAUGAGCGAUUUUUGUAAACUUUGGGAUUUUAAAUUUUGAUCUUUUAUUGCCAGAUGGGAAGGGAUUUUUAGACUCGUCUUAUGGGAUGAUAAUAGUGGUUUGUUUUCAGCUCCGCUAUUUGGACCCCAUCGAAGGCCGCAAACCGAAACUGGAACGCCAAAAACGCCUGUUCCACGUGAAGGAACGGCGGGAAAUGUCGAAUAUGAAGAAAUUGCUGGGCACCACCGCCUGGUUCCGCCUCCUCAAGAGCGGCUCCAACAACUCGGCGGUCCGCGAGCCCACGGUCAGCCCAUAUUACUAUCCAGGUAGGCCCGAAUUCGGAGUUUUCAUGUUAUCCAUGGUGUAAUUGCGCGUGAACAGACGUUUUUUUUGUGGACUUUUACCCCUCUUUUCCUCAUCCGAAUUCAAGAUCUGGUCUUGUUUGCCUGCCCUCUAAUCGGAUUUUUGGCUUUGUAUCCAGGGAAAUUGGAAAAAGUAUGGAAAUUUUUGUGUUUUUUAUGUAAGUUAUGAUGUUUUUUUUGCAACGAAAUACGAGCCCGAGUUUAUUUUUAAACGGAAAUGGGAAGCGGAUAUGUUCCCGCUAUCGUUUCCGGCGGAUCCUUCGAAAUUCAAACGUUCGGCCGUUCAUUCGGCCGCUCCCAAAAAAGGUCAACAAACGUUGCAAAGAGUAAAGUCUAGGUAGAAUAACGAUGGGAGAGGACGGGAACAGGUUCUUCCGAGGGUUUACUGUUUACAAUUUUUUGAUUCGGAAACGUUUUAUACGAUAAAUUUGAUUUUUUCGGGAUUCUUUGUUGAUUUUAGGGUUUCACGUCGUCUAUAUCGUAAAUCCCAGUCCUUCUAAGAGUCUCUCAACCAAGAUUAAGAGCUGUCUAAACUUAGUUUGCCCUUAGAACACAGGAAUUUUCUUUAGGUACGUCUUUUUUCCGGCUUUGUUGAUAUUGUCCAUGACGAAGUCAAAGAUUUUGAAACCAAUUGGCCCAUUUUGAGGGCUCUGAUGGUAUCUCUGUCUUUUAUUCACUCGCGAAUUUCCCCAGAUGUCGUAACGUGGUGUUGGGUGUUUGCAGUCUCGUCGUCCUCGUCGUAUGGUGGUAGCAAAUACGGACAGCGCUACGAACCGGUCAGCGGCCAACGACCGCUGGCCGGCAUGGCCAUGAGUCAGUCCGUGUAUGGGUCAUUGGGUGGUUCCGUUCACGCCUCUAGUCCUCCUUCAGCUUUCACGUCGCCGCCGCUCCCGCCCAGCAAGUACAAGUCGGUGGGUUUGGAGGAGCUCAAGGUGAGUCAAGUGUAAUAUAAUUUUGACAAAAAAAAAUUAUUUUUUUAUGAUCCACUUAAUAUUUUUGGUCUAGUUUAACAGAUAUUACUUUAUUUUUUGUUUUGAAAUUUUAAAAAAGCUUCAAAUUUUGAAAUUUGACGAAGUGUCACAAAAAAUCAAUAGUGACAUUUCGUAUGUCGUAUUAUUUUUUCGCUCGUUUUACAAGUUUUUUGCUUUCCAGGCUUCACUUCCCGCUACACGGCGACAAUCAAGCCCUAAUGUACAUCGACUGGUCGAAACCGAAGCCCAAAAUGCACCAAGGACCACACAACGACAUGCUUCAUUGGUACCUCAUAAAGAGCAACAAGUAACACAAGAUCAAUUCAAAAUGAUCUCAGUACUCGGACGAGGGCACUUUGGAAAGGUUAGUUUGAGUUUGAUUUCUUUUUUGGAUUGUAGGAUAAAUGGAAGAUGAAGAUGUUCAUGGUGAAUACAAGUUUUGUUGAAAUGCGAGGAAACUUUUUGAAAAUGAAGAUUAGAGGGAGAAAAGAUGUUUAGUGUUCAAAUAUCCGUAUUUUACAACCCAAAAUUAUUUAUGGUAUUUUUUAGGUAAUUCUUUGCCAACACAAGUUGAACCAGAAGCAUUAUGCCCUGAAAAUCCUGAAAAAGGGAGAUAUCCUGGCCAGAGAAGAAGUCGAAUCCUUGAUGGUAGAGAAGAGAAUCUUCGAAGUCGCCUCUCGCCACAAGCACCCGUUCCUGGUCAAUCUUUUCGCGUGUUUCCAGACCCCCGAACACGUAUUUUUCGUAAUGGAAUACUCGAUGGGCGGAGAUUUGAUGAGGCAUAUCCACGAUGAGAUCUUCAGCGAAGAGCGUGCCUGCUUCUACGCGGCCUGUGUUUUGUUGGGACUCGAAUUUCUGCACAAGAAUAAUAUCAUCUAUCGGGACCUGAAGUUGGAUAAUUUGCUUUUGGACAACGACGGAUACGUGAAAUUGGCUGACUUUGGCCUUUGCAAGGAGGGAAUGGGCCCAACGGACAAGACCUCUACGUUCUGUGGAACUCCCGAGUUUUUGGCUCCAGAAGUUUUGACCGAAAGCAGUUAUACCAGAGCCAUCGAUUGGUGGGGACUCGGAGUUUUGAUCUUCGAAAUGCUUGUGGGAGAGGUAAGAGAAAUUUUGGAGAGCUAGAGAGAUAUUAGCUGAUUUUUUGAGGCAUUUUAGAAGAGUUUUUUUUGUCUGAUUUUUAUUUAAUUUUAGCCCCCAUUCUCUGGUGACGAUGAAGAAGAAAUCUUUGAUUCGAUUGUCAGCGAUGAUGUCAGAUAUCCACGCUCGAUCUCGUUGCACUCAGUCACUAUUAUGCGAAGGGUAAUAACUGCUUUGAGACUGUUUUUUUACAUUGUUUUAGUUUUUUGUUACUUAAAAUUAAAUUUUUUUAGUUGCUCCGUAAAAAUCCGGAAAAACGAAUUGGCUACGGAGAACAUGAUGCGAGAGAAGUGAAAAUGCAAACUUGGUUUGAGGUAAGAAUGAUUUUUUUAUAGUACUUGGUGUUUUAAGUACCAGUAUAUAUUCUUUUGAUUUUUAGGACUUCCACAACAAAUGGGACGAUUUGCUCCGGAAGAAGAUCAGACCCAGCUUUGUUCCAACGAUUGUAAGUGUUUUUGAUUUUUUUUUUUUCUAUUUUUAGGUAAUAAUGGAAAAAAUGUUUGGGUCUUAUCUUUGAUUUUGCAGAAAAAUCCGGAAGACGUCUCAAACUUUGAUGAAGAAUUCACCCGAGAGAACCCACGCCUCAGUCCGGCCCGUGAUCCGCGCCCAAUCACUGAAUCGGAUCAGCUCCAAUUCCGCGGCUUCGACUUCUCCAGCCUCGAUCUUCAGUCAAACGGCCAUUAA